AUGGCGUCCCAAGGCAUGUCGUGGGAAGCUCCCGCACAACAGCAGCGCUACGCCGCUGUGCCCGGCUUCAACAAUGGCCAGAGCGGCAACACGACACCAGGCUUCGACGAGAACCAUGUGUGGGUGGUGUAUACCGCUGCUGCCUCUUGUUUACUGGCAUUGCAUCGCACUGUCUGGGCGCCGAGGGCUGGGCAGACGCUGGGGUUGCGAUUCCAAGCAGGGAUACCUCUUGGCCUCAACUCUUUUGACGCGUCCUGGGCGCUGCGCAAUGGCUGUGCUGUGUUACCCCGCGUCCCCGUGCGCGCGCAGGCCUGCAGGCUAUUGCGGGGAGAAACCAGACUGCGCACGCAGACCGAAGGAUCUAUUCUGGUGGUGCACACCCACGGCGUGGUCGCGGGCCCUCCCGUUCUUAUUCUUCGUUUCGAACGUGUCCCUCCUACGUCUCUUCUUCUCUUUCUCUCCACACACACACACACACACUCCCUCUCUCUCCUUUACACUCCUUUGGACCACCCCCCACUCACACCUCCGCCAGAACUCGGCAGCAUCCCAAGCCGCGGACCCAACUACCAAGACCCCUUCACGGACCGCCCUUCCCCCCAGCCCUCCAACAACCUCCUCCCCUCUGAGCAAGGCUCCAUGUACUCCCAGGGUCGUCCCGAGCGCGGCGGCUACGGCCAGAUUGGCGCGGGUGCCGCUGCUGGCGGUGCUGCAGGCGCGGCUGGCUACGGAGCCUACGCCGCAGCCAACCAGAACCACGGUUUCAGCGGCGACCGCGGCGAGGGCCAGACUGCGGACCAGCUUUGGGGUAUGGACGGCGGCAAGAUUAACGAGGGCCACACCGGCCUUCGUGCCAACUACGGCGACGGCUACGGCGGCACCUCGAGCGGCAAGGGCUACGACGGCGCGGGUGCCAGCGGCAGCAGCAAGAAGAAGUGGUGGAUCGGCGGUGGUAUCCUCCUCCUGCUCAUUGCCAUUGGUGUCGGUGUCGGUGUCGGUGUGAGCGUCGGCAAGAAGAGCAGCUCGUCGUCGUCGUCGGCCGACUCGUCGUCGAAUUCUACCAACGGAACCACGUCAAGCUCGUCCGACCCUUCCGACUUCACCAAGGACUCUAGGUUCCACAACGUAUUCUACGGCAUGGCUUACACCCCGGUUGGUGGUAUCCCUCCUUACUGUGGUGACAGCGACGCGAUGCUGGUGAACAUUACCAAGGACAUUCAGAUCCUCUCGCAGCUCACCACCCGUCUCCGUCUCUACUCGGCAAACUGCAACACCACUGCUCUCGUCAUGCAGGCUAUCCAGGACACCAAGGUCAACAUGACCAUCUACCCUGCCAUCUACGUCGACUCGAACGACACUGCGUUCGACGUCCAAGUCGCAGCCAUCACCGACGCCUUGAACACGUAUGGCGCCGACAUGGUCGAGGGUAUCGCCGUGGGCAACGAGUACAUUCUCAACGAGGCUGGCUCGGUGACUUCGGGUUCGACGUACACCACCGCCCUCACGUUCCUGGACAAGAAGAUUACCUCGUUCAACGAGACCCUCCUCAACAUGACCCUCAGCAAGCACAUUCCUGUCGGCACUGGUGACGCUGGUUCCGUCAUGUCCACCACCCUCGCCGAGGACGUCGACUACUUCAUGGCCAACGUGCACCCCUGGUUCGGCAACGUUACCAUUGAGGACGCCGCCGGCUGGACUUGGCUGUACUUUGAGACCAACGACGUUGCCCCCGCUGAGGCGUCCACCAACAAGCCCGCCACUUCCAUUGCUGAAACUGGCUGGCCCUCGGGCCACGGUGUCAAGGUCAACACCGAUGACGACCGUUCGACCGCCGACGCCACCGUUGAGAACCUCCAGUACUUCCUCGACACUUACGUCUGCGCCGCCAACACCAACGGCACCGCAUACUUCUACUUUGAGCCCUUUGACGAGGAGUGGAAGGACGUCGAGUACGGAGGUGUCGAGGGUUUCUGGGGUCUCUUCGACUCGGACCGCAACCUCAAGAACAUCACCAUCCCCACCUGCUCGUCGUAA